AUGUCUCUGGAGGAAGACAAAACGAGCGUCAUUGCGAAGACGGCAGUCUUUGGGACAGGGAAGCCAUGUCCCUCUGUUGUUAUUGAGAUUCACUGGGACAGAAUUUGCGAAACACGGACCAUGGAUCUUGAAGGUGCAGUAUGGGAAGUGGUACGCCGAUGCAACGAGAGAGCACAGGCGUAUUCUAGGAUUCCGCGCGAGACAAUUCUGAUCCUCGGAAGAGGCGAGACCCUGCCUGUCACACCCAAAGGGAAUGUGCGACGCAAUAUUGCGUGGGAGUCUUAUGGAGACAGAGUAGAGGAACUGUACAACCGCUUCCUGGGUGAUAAGCCAAACACCGAUAAGCUUGAAAACGUCCAAGCCAUCGACACAAAUCUUUCGGCAGCGGAAACCAUUCAACGAGCCGUGGCUGAAGUCUUGGGGCUCUCACAAGAAGACGUCACUGAGGACAAGAACUGGUAUGAACUAGGACUUGACUCACUAAGUGCGGUAGAACUGCGCUCGAAGCUCGUCGGUGUUUUCGGAAGCUUUCCUCUGAUGUUCAUAUUCGAAUAUCCCACAGUGAAAGGGCUGCUUCGUUUUCUCCAACGCUACAAGAAAGAUGGCUCUGGCAACAGUGCUUUGGUCACAAAUCAGCACCACGAGUGGAUCACCUCAACCAUUCAGCGCUUGAACCAAGAACUUGACAAAUGGGCGACCCCCGAGACUCACGACAUCAACCAUAAAGGAGACGAUGGACACGUCAUAUACCUGACAGGUGCAAGUGGCGCUUUAGGCAAUGCUUUACUGGAAGCCCUUGUUGAGCUGCCAGUAGUCAAGAAGGUUUAUUGCGCUGUUCGAGGGGCCUAUCCACAAGCCCGAGUGACCGAAUCCAUGAAGUCAAGGGGUUACUCAGAGCAUCUUUACCAGAGCGAAAAGAUUUGCGCGAUUAACUACAACAUGAAGGACGCGAGUCUAGGACUAGACAGCAAGAUGUUUAAGCUGCUGACCAACGAAGUAACUCUCGUGAUGCACAACGCUUGGAAACUCGAUUUCAACCGGCCAAUCCAGCAAUUCGAGGAGGAUUGCUUAAAAGGCACCAUGAACCUGAUGUCUUUUUGCCUGGAAGGGACCAAGAAAAAGUUCGUGUUCAUGAGCAGUGUCGCCGCAGCUAUGGGCAACGAAUCCGGCACAAGAAUUCAAGAACUGCCUCUUAGCCCUGAUCCAGGGAAUGCACUUUCCACGGGUUAUGCGCAAUCCAAAUUCAUCGUGGAACAAGUCACACAGCAGUACGCUUCUUUACUCAAGAUGCCUGUUCAGAUUCUCAGAGUAGGCCAGCUUUGCGGUCAUUCAAACUUGGGAGUAUGGAAUCAUACCGAGAUGUGGCCGAUUCUUAUGAUGACCGGUUUGGAUACUCUCUCUGCAAUGCCUAUGCUGCAGACCAAAGUCGACUGGCUUCCAGUAGACUUUUGUGCAGAGGCGAUCCAAAAAGCAGUAUUUUCUUCUGCCAAUGAGUCGUCGUAUGCGGUAACCAAUCUCGUCAACCCCAGCGCUAUUUCUUGGGAAGAGCUGCUCUCUUUCCUCCAAGAGGCUUCAGGACUCGAGUUUGAACGUGUGGAGAUGAGAGAAUGGGUUUCUCGGUUAGAGACCCAGGCCGGUUCUGACAGACCUCAAGACCAGACGAUUCCAGCCUUGAAACUUCUAGGAUUCUUCCAGGAGAUGGCCAAAGGAUCUGGAAACGGCGAGGGCGUGGUAUUCGACGUAGGCAAAGUAGACGGGGGUCGGCGAAUCGACGUGCAUAUGGUGCAAAAGUGGUUGGAUAAAUGGCAUCAAGCUGGGAUUUAUAGGCCUUAG